AUGGCUUCGGGCUACUACAACGACCAUUACGGUCUGUUGAGUUCUGAGCCGUCGGGACCAAGCAGCCCCCAUGUGCUAAAGCCGUCCGCGCUACCUUCACACAGACAACGGUCCUCCUCGAUCAACUCACUUUCGUCUAACCAUUCGCACAAAGAGAGCAGCCAUGCUACCAACACCAACGUUAGCACACCGCUCAGCAACAGCAACAGUCACAAUACCACUAACAAUGCCUCUAACAAUGCCUCUAAUGCCAAUUACACUCCCACAAAUGCAAACAACAAUAAUACCAUAAAUAACAACACUAUCAACACAUCUAGCAUUAAUAAUAAUACCACCACUAGCAUUACUUCCGCAGGCAUCGCAGCUGUCCUCGCUACGCCCAACACAGUCAGAUCGAUGCUGAUUGUUUCGCUCGAGAGCCCGCGUAACUCAAUCGUUUCUCUCGGUGACGACUUCAUACGGCCAACACGUAAUAACAGCACGACGAGUUUGGCUUCACUCAAUAGCCAAUCCACAGCCAUCAACAAUAAUAGCAAUGGACUACCCAACGAUUACGUCAUUGCCCACAGACUCAGACACCACAUUAAUACAAGCAGUGCUAUACUUUCCGACGACGAUUCUGAACUCGAAACCACGCAUAGAACUAUCUUAAAGCCUCGGCUAAGACGAGACACCAAGCCAGAUUUGGUUCUUCCUCUCAACAGAGACUUUAAGUUCAAGUACGAUAGUUCAGGAGCCGGAUAUAGUCUUGGUUCUGCAUCAAACGGCUCUGGGGCUACAACAACACCUUCCUCGCCAUCAGCAGCACCUGCUGAAGGCUCGUCACUCAAUCCUACCAGAAGUCCACCACUUCUCACAAUCAACCCAGCCUUGCGUUUGCUUCAGGAUCCCACACCUUCCCCGUUGUCUCUUACAAAACUCGAUUUGUUGACUAAGGAACAUCACCAGGUUGCUUUGGAACAAGACAAAGUUAGUAAGAAGAGCAAGGUCAAUUCCUUGAUGCAACUGUCGUUGUUUCUCAAGAAGAAACUUAUCCUCUCCAAGGACUUACAAUUGGAACUCAUGCACAACACCAAUAGCCCGUCAAGCACACAAACAAGUCUCAAACCUUCGCAGGUAUCUACGUUGGCCCCCGUUUCCUCGGAGUUGAUGAAUGCUAAAUUCCUCACUGCAAACACAACGGCUACAGGAAAGAAAACAUACUCUAAUCUGCCUGUAAUGGAAACACUUGUAGAACGGAACAAACGGAUUCACGAAUUGAACCAGAAAUGGAACCGUUCCAUCCUGGCAGAAGCAACUUCGACGAAAAAAGUCGACAAGAAGAACGACAACCUCAAAGAAGAACACGCCAAACUGGAAGCUAAACAAGUCACCAACGAGAGAAAACGGUCUAGAACAUAUCUGUUUGACGACGACGACGAUUACGACCCUUAUGACCCUUACGACGAUUAUGACACCUUCGGAACCUAUUCCUGA